AUGCAGCAGCAGCAGCAGCAGCAGCAGCAGCAGCAGCAGCAGGGCGGGAGCUGCUGCGCUCUCUUGGAGGUCCUAGGGGGCAGCGUAUAUGAGGAGUCAGCUGACCUCUUAUCCGCGCUGCUGGCGGCUCAGCCCAGGCCCUGGGACUCACAGCAGCAGCAGCAGCAGCAGCAGCAGCAGCAGCAGCCCGCGUCGGCAUCCCUCCAGGGGCCGCAGGGAUUGAGCGAGGCCGGCGCUGACGGAGGCGUCGAUGCCGCGCAGAAAAAUCAGCCGGCGCAGGCGCCCAAGCCGUCGGUAAAGCUGUCAAAGGCGGAGGCGGCCGCCGCCGCAGCGGCUUCAGAGGCGGCCGCGGCCGCGGAGGCCGCGGCCGCCGCGGCCGAGGCGGAGGCCACGGCGCGUGAGGAGGCGGCGCGGCGGUGUCCGGAGAGCCUGGACGGCUCUAAGCUGUGUUUCGAGGCGCCGCUCCCCGAGGCUGACUUCAGGGCCGUGCUCAGGACGCUGCAGGUGGCGCUGCUGUCGGAGAUGGAGGCGUGCGCCGCCCGCACCGUGGGCGAGGCUACUGCCUGGGAGGAGCAGCAGGAGACGCAGCUGACUGAGGAGCUGGACGAGCGCCUGCGCGCCCACCGCCCUCGCGCCGGCCGCGUGCAGGAGGAGGCGCGCGCGGCGCGGUCCGCGGAGCUCUCCGGCCAGCGCCGCAGGGCAGAGCGCCACACCGCGGACCAGAGCGCGGCCGCGCGGCGGCAGCGGGCGGCGUUUGACGACGGCUGCGCGGGGUUUGGUGAGGCGGCGGCCGCGGCGGCGGCGAGGGUGAGGGGGUAUGAGAAGCUGCUGGGGCAGGCGCUUAGUAAGAAGGGCGUGGACAUCUGCUGGCGCGAGGCGCAGGCGUUGAAGGCACGGCUGGAGAAGCAGCUGGCGGCAAAGGCGGCGGCGCUGAGGGCCGACUCCGAGGCCGGCUGCGACGGCAUUGUGGCCACCAACAGGCGCUUCGAGGCGGAGCAUUUGAAGGGCUUUGAGGUCGGCGGCCGCGUCGCGCCCGAGAGCAUCGCUGCAUACAUGGGCGCCCUGGCCGGCAUCGACCAACACAUGGCUGCGCAGCGGGGGAGCCAGGCGGUGGCGGUGGCUGCGCUGCAAGCUGAGGCGGAGCGGGUGGGCCGGGGGCUCCCGCCUGGACGGGGUGCCUGCUCGUGCGUAGCCUCAUCGUCCCUGCCGCACUAG